UUCUGUGUGUGUCUUUCCCUGACGAAUCACACCUGUAGUCUAGGCUCAAGCUCUUUUAUUUACCUUUACAUUGCCCCCACCAUUCGUCAGAGUGCUUUCCAGAUGGUACUGGACAGCUUUAAAAAAAUUAAAAAAAAAUAAGGUUAUGAGACACAGGGCAUGGCCAAUCAUAGAGAGCUUCAUGAAGAUGAACUUUAGGUGUCAGGGGGGCUCCAUGCGGGCAGAGCGGGGCUGGGGGGUCACUUGGAUCAUCUGGGGAAUAAGAGCAGCUUUGCCGAUGUUGGGUUGGGGAGAAGAGCGAGUUGGUGCAGAACCUGGGAGAUCGUAUCCAGCUUCAUGCUGGUUAUGCGCCGUGUGACAGUGGAAAGCCACGUCCACGCUGAUCAUCUCGCCUUUUUCUUGCAGCCUCAUGAGGCAAGGAAGGCAUUAAUCCCAUUUUAUAGAUGAGGAAGCGGAAAUUUGGGAGGUCACCUGAUACCAGGCCCUGAACGCUUCCUCUACGACGUGCUGUCCGCUCCCUAACUGCGCGGAGGUGGUUGGUGGCCAAAGGCAGCGAGUGAAGGGACAGGAAGCUCAGGAGUCCCGAAAGUGCCUCCUCUUCUCAGGGAAGCUGCAGCUUUGUGCAAGCAGGGAGGCCAAAGCGCCCUGCCAGGGGGACAGGAGCAGGUUUCCUCAAAACCGAGACUUGGGUCAGCCAAGCUCGGGCCCACCCCGCCUGGCCCCACUCGGCAUAGACACGGCCUGCAGGAUGUGGACGAGCCACCGGCGUGUGGCUUCACCUUGCCUGGCGCUGCACACUCCCCGGAGUGUCGUGCAAGCAGCCUCCGUGGGCUGAGUGUUCGCGUGAGCUAGCUGCGUGGGGGUGACGGGUGAGAGCGGGGCCAGGGGUGGCACGGGGGACGGGCCGGGGUCAGGGCGAGGGCCUUCUGUCCUGCGAGGCCCAGAGUUGUCCUGGGGGGCAGAGAGCCGAGCCGGGGGAGCAACAGGGCUGUCGUCCCGAGGGCUCGUGUGUGCCAGGCACUGGGCGGGAGGCCGGUACUGCCCCGGGGCGGCCGGGGUCCCCCAUCCACAGACGAGGGGACUGGCGCCCGUGGGGUCUUGGCGGACUGAGCCGGGUGGUGGCACGGCCUCCAGACCAUGGGGCAGGGGCCCUGGGGGGCCCGUCUGGUUUCCUCGGAGGGCCUGCUCUAAGCCCCAGCAGCCUCUGCCCCCCAGGCGGGGCUCGGGGGACGGAUGCCUUGCCCAGGUAACUGAGGAGAUGGGAGACAACGCAGGCGGAGGAGCAGGCAGGGGGAGCCGGUUCUGGACUGCAGGCCCAUGGGAAGAGCGCGCCUAGGGGGCUCGGCAUGAGCAGCUCAGCGCAAUGCCUCCAGGACUCUCAUCACCCCCGGCUGCGCGGGGCCUGGGAACACCCGAGGGCCUGUGUCCUGACCCCCGGCCCGCUCUCCAGGGCAAGGAUGGGGGCUCCCUUCCAGGGCGCCACAGCUGUGGGGAGGCCCAGUGGGGAGGUCCGGUGGGGAGGUCCGGUGGGGAGGCCCGUGGGAGGAGACCAUGGGAGGAGGCCGUGGGAGGAGGCCGUGGCAAGGCCGGGAGCUGGCUCUUCUGCUCUAACCGAGCAGCAGGGGUUGACCAAGAGAGUUAAGAUCCGGCCUUUGCCCAACAUGACAAACCACAGUUGGACUCCGCUCCUCUGGGUUCAGGGCCCACACUUGGGGUUCCCCCCACCCCGGUGGGCUGGGGCCUCAGCCUCAGGAGCCCCCAGGCUGCGGGGAGGGAGUUGGCCCAUGGUGUGCCGGGGCCCUGGAGCCAGGGUGGAGGUGAUGAUGGGGCCUGGGGCCACCUGAGCUCUCGGAUUCCCGCCAGGGCCAGGUGAGGGGCCGGGUGGCAGGCCCUCUGUUCUCUAAGGGUCAGGACUAAGCAGCACUUCGUUCCUCAGAAACAUGACAGUGCUUUUCCUGCUCGCCCUCCUGGGGAGCGUUGCCUACGGAGCAGAGGGAACAUCAAAGGGAGUCCGGGAGCUUAGGGCCUCUGGCAAGGAGCCGGAACCAAGUGUUCUGGGACAGCCGAAAGGAGGAGGCCAGACAGCAGCGUGUCUGUCCUCCCACGUCCACCCCCAAGUACAGGGGCUCCUCAGACUCAGGGAUGCUCCCUCCUCCUAGACUGGCCUGUGUCCAGAGAGCCCUCCGGCCCCUCUCCCCUUGGGGCUGGCUUCAGUCUGAAGAACUGAGGCAAGAAGGAUUCCUGCUCCCGCCCCGCUGGUCCUCCAGCUCCUGAUCCUUCUCCGGCGUCGGAGAAUCGGAGCGCAGCCUGUUCCUUCCGUCCCCUUUGCAUUCUCCCCCUGAGAGGUUGACCGAAGGCAGGGAUCAUCGGGAAGAGUCGCUCACCCAGGGGUCAGCUAGACCUUCUGUGCGCAGGAGGAAUGGCACACGCUGUGGCCCGGCUCCUGUUUCUCCAGCUCCUUCUAGGGCCAACUCUGGUUGUGGACAUCAGGGUGCAGAUUGCCACCAAGAAAUUCCGCAUGUUACACAUCGAGUAUCCCAGGGUUAACUACCCAGAGGGCUUCCAGGGCUAUUGUAACGGUCUCAUGGGCUACGUGCGGGGCAAAAAGCAGAGCUGGUUUUGCCCCCAAACCCAUUAUAUGGUGCAUGCCCCCUGGAGAGAGAUCCAGAAGUUCUGCAGGUACAGCGACAGCUUCUGCGAGAAUUACAAUGAAUACUGUACGCUCACAGAGGACUCCUUCCCUGUCACCAUCUGCUCUCUGGCCUCUCAACAGCCGCCCACGAGCUGCAACUACAACGACACCCUAACCAACCAAAGGCUCUAUCUGCUCUGUUCUGGAAAGCGUGAUGCUGAACCGAUAGGUAUCAUUGGCCUCUACUAGG